UAAUAACCUUACUCCAAAACUUCUCUUACCCGAACUGCACAUUUGUGAUACAAUUUUGCUUGAAGAGGAGAUAGACAGACCCGCUUUUCUUUUGUUGAACGAGAAAAAUCUUAAAGAAAGUAGUUUUAAAGUAGGAACAGUUGUAAAACCCGCAGAUUUGAUUGUGAAACUUAACGGUGAAGAGCGGGCGUCAUUACCUCAAGAUGAGUCACCAAUCACUGGAGUAGUCGUUGAACCGCUUCAUAAAUCAAUUUCAACUGAAAGAAUUCCAGAUACAUUACCUCUACUUCUAGAAAAUCAACAAACACCUUACGUGAAGAGCCAAACAAUCGCUCAAUCAUUGCAUCCAAAUUUAAAAUUAAAAGGAUCAUCAAUAGAAAAGGUUGAGUAUCCUAGCGACAUUAAUGAAAAUAACACUUAUUUACCUGAAACUGCGUCAGGGCUCCUCCGUUAUUACAAACUUUGGAACUGCCACUACACUAAAUGGUCAAGCCUUAACGAGUUUUCUGAACAUCUAAGCGAUGUCAAAAAAGACUGUGUACAUUUUUCAUUUAAAAAAGGGAUUGCGGUUUUACGAAAGUUAUUUAUGUGUCAGACAGCAAGAAUUAUAAAGAAGGUAACAAGAAAACAAAUAGCCAAUGCAAUUAAAUUGCUUACCAAAGAAGCGACUAUAAAGAAGGAACUAGAAAUUGUCGAGGGUUCCGUAAUUGUCAAUGGAUAUCACAGGAUCAAUAAACAUUAUGAUGAUUUUCAUGAAGCAAGUACGCAAUUGAUUAAACGUAAGUUAUCGACCAACUCUGAUGGAAAAGUAGAUGGGUUAAAAAAAGCUAGAAA